UUGACCUGACUGCUUCUAUUGUUCUCAUUUGUAAGUCGCUUUGGAUAAAAGCGUCUGCUAAAUGAUUAAAUGUAAAUGUAAAUGUAAGGUGUCGCACAUCAAGGUCCUCACCUCACUGAGGGAGCGUUGCGAUCUGCUGGUGUUUCGAUAAUUGGAGGCAGGAAACUAGUCUCAAGUGUAGUCUACCAGUGUGUCACUUGUCGUAGGCUUAGAGGGAAACCUGUUGAACAGAAAAUGGCCAACCUACCAGAAGAUCGACUCACCAUGGAGCCCCCGUUCACUAGGGUCGGCUUAGAUGUUUUUGGACCCUGGAGUGUAGUCACUCGCAAGACUAGGGGUGGGGUCACAGAAAGUAAACGCUGGGCAGUUUUAUUUAGUUGCUUAGGGACUCGUGCAGUGCACAUAGAAGUAAUUGAAUCUAUGUCUACCUCAUGCUUUAUUAAUGCACUGAGAAGGUUUUUCGCAGUUAGAGGUCCUUCCAAAGUUCUCAGAUCAGACCGCGGAACCAACUUUAUUGGAGCCUGUAAGGAGCUAAAAAUCAGUACAGAUCACCCUGAGAUCCAAGACUACCUCAGCAACGAAGGUUGCACAUGGACAUUCAACACGCCUCACUCAUCACAUAUGGUUGGCUCAUGGGAGAGAAUGAUUGGCAUCGCUCGCCGCAUUCUAGACGCCAGGUUUCUGCAGUCAGGUCCAACUCGUCUUACCCAUGAGGUCCUCACAACACUAAUGGCAGAAGUUAUGGCAAUCAUUAAUGCUCGCCCAUUGGUUCCCAUAAGUACUGAUUCAGACUCACCAAUUAUUUUGACACCGUCUAUGCUUCUAACUCCUAAGGCAGGAGUUGCUCCCACUCCUGAAGGGACAUUUGACAUGAAAGACAUGUAUAAAAAGCAAUGGCAACAUGUUCAAGUUCUUGCAGAUACCUUUUGGAAGCGCUGGAGACAAGAAUAUCUGUCAGUGCUUCAGCCAAGAAGGAAAUGGACUCAUGACAAAGAUGACAUUCAAGAAGGGGAUGUAGUCUUGUUGAAAGAUGAACAAGUUAAACGUAAUGAAUGGCCCAUUGGAUUCAUUACUAAAAUCUUCCCAAGCGAAGACAAGAAGGUCAGAAAAGUGGAAGUCAAAGUUGUGAAGCAAGGGACUUCUCGUGUAUACUUUCGACCAGUGACUCAACUUAUUCUCCUGCUUUCCCAAAGUAGUGAUACAAAGACUGAUAAGUGUUAAAUCGUGGUAUAAAAGUUUUUAUACCAGGCGGGGAGUGUAAUGGUUUAGUUUAAUAAUAAGGAAAGUUUGGUUUGUUUAUAUGUUGACCUUUAAGCGCCCUCUUGUGGCGAGGACUGUGUAUGGUAACCUUCAUAUGACUUGUUGCAUUGAGUUCAUUGUGAAGUGUCAUGGCUGAAGUGCGGCUCGUACGGUGAGGUCGUGGCCCACAUAAGGCUGUAAGUCGCUAUUAUUUAUUAUAUAAAUAUGAUGUUUAGUAGGUUUAAGAUGUUUAAAAGUUAAUUCAUUAAUCUAGAGAUGCAAAUGUUGCUAAAAACGAAAUGUGAAGUGACAUGCAAAGCGAGAGUAUUAACAGUUAGUCAGUCCUGUAUGCUAGCGAUCUUUUGUUAUGGUUAAUAGGCUUAUGUGAAUUCCGUGAUUACAAGAAAUUACCUAAAACAAGGAAUAUAAUUAACAAAUGCACGAAAAUGUAACGUUUAAUGUUUUGAUUUAAUGUUUCAUUUGAAUGCUUUAAUUAGUCAGUAAAUACUGUUCAGUCAACUUCAUUUUGAAUAUGUACAAUUCUGAUUGCUGUAUUUCCUAUGUCUGUUUACAGUUUUACAAUAUUAAAGUUAAACGAGAAAACAUUCAUGAAACCUAAUGGAGGAUUAAAAGCCAUGAAUCAACAUCUUGCCUGUUCACUGUCUGUCUAGCUGGAUAGAGAAGUGACACGUCUAGUGAGGACAGAACACCUACCAUCUAGUUAACAAAGCUAAACAGCGUCGCCCUUUGUGUAAUAAGUUACAGAAAC